AUGACUCCUAAGAGAGUAGCCCAAUUGCCUGUUCAUAAUGAAGCCACAUUGCCUCCACAAGAGAUAAUCGAUCUUUUCAAGAUUACAUUCCUCGAACAACUGUACCCCAAAGACCAGGACGAAGAAAACACCCCAUUAAGUGAGCAGAUACAGGCAGUGAAAACUGACCUUUAUAAUAGAGACUACAGCGCCGCUUUCAGUAAUGACCUGAAAAGAAUGGCGUAUUGUUGUCGUUGGUCACCCUCCAGAGCCACAAGUUAUGCUUCUGUAUUGGCUCAUUUUCCGGAGGUUUUGAAGAUCAUCAGAUGUGAAACUGAAAGCCAAGACUCAAACGUAUUAUGCGUUGGAGGUGGCGCUGGAAGUGAGCUGGUUGCAUUAGCAAGCAUAUUUACUUUAUCAAGAGACUUUUCGUCCAAGUUUGCCUCUGCUUUGAAAAUUAGCAAUGAGGAAAGGAAAGAGCCUGGGAAACUGAACAUCGAACUAGUGGAUAUUGCUGAUUGGUCUACCAUUAUCGGAAAGCUAACGGCCACGAUAAAAUCGAAGUGGUUAUACGACGGCCGGGAAGCAGAAGCAUUCAAUGUCAACUUCGUCAACAGAGACUGCCUGCAAAUGACACAACCACAGGAUAUCAAGAUGUACCAAAGCCUUAAUCUAAUAACCCUAUUGUUCACUACAAAUGAAUUAUUCACACAGAAGAAAGUGGAAAGUAUCAAGUUUUUACAACGCUUGAAUGAGAACUGUGCCCCAGGAUGCCAUCUUCUCAUCCUAGAAAGCGCUGGUAGUUACUCACACAUCACGAUCAAUGAUAAAAAAUUCCCGAUCCAAUUCCUCAUCGAUACCAUCUUAGUGGGUAAUAGAAAAGACAAAAGGACAACGAGCCCAUGGUCUUUAAUAUCAGAAAACGACAGCAUCUGGUACAGAAUGGAUCCAAAGCUCGACUAUUCUAUCAAAUUAGAGAACAUGCGCUUCUUCUACCGUCUCUACGUCAAGAACUAA